AUGAUAUCCCAAAUCUCCACAUCCCUCCCCUACCCCUGGCCACACGACUCGUCCCUGCACCCCAGUACAUCCGCCCUCCUAAUCAUCGACAUGCAACGCGACUUCCUCUCUAUUGGCGGCUAUCUCGACUCCCAAGGCUACUCGGUCGCGCGCUUCCAGUCCCUCAUCCCGCGCCUCGUCUCCCUACUCUCUACCUUCCGGCGCGCGGGAUUCCCAGUUUACCACACGCGCGAAGGACACGCGUCGCACAUGGCGACGGUGAGCAGUAGGGAGACGCAUAGAAGUGCAGUAAAUGGAGCGCAGAUAGGCAGUCAGGGACCCCUGGGCAAGUUGUUGAUUAGAGGGGAGAGGGGCCAUGAUAUCAUUUCGGAACUACAGCCUUUGCCUAAUGAGCCUGUCAUCGAUAAACCUGGUCGAGGAGCGUUUACGAAUACCGAUUUGGAAUUCUCGUUGAAAGCUAGGGGGAUACGGAAUCUGGUGGUUUGUGGGGUCACGGCGGAUGCGUGUGUUAGUAGUACGGUAAGAGAGGCGAGUGAUCGGGGGUUUGAUGUGCUUGUGGUGGAAGAUGGAGUGGAGAGUGUCAGUGAUGAAUUGAAGAAGUGGAGUUUGGAGGCUAUGAAAGUGGAAGGAGGGUUGUUUGGGGUGACGGGAGAUGCUAAGGCUGUCAAGGAGGCUGUGGAGAGUUGGAUGAGCAGCAGUCUCUUAUCAUUGAACCGUCCCAGACCAUAA